AUGACGGUAGAGGAAGGGUGUUUAUUAAGAGGAAUCCGAGUGAUUGUUCCUGAUCGAUACCGGGAUGACAUUUUGAAUGAGUUACAUGUUAAUCAUCCUGGAAUGGUUAGGAUGAAGGCAUUGGCUAGAUUGUUUGUGUGGUGGCCAAACUUAGAUAUGGACAUAGAAACAAGGGUGGCAAAGUGUGAAAGUUGUAGGAAACAAUUACCAAACAUGCCACAGUCACGCUCAAACCCAUGGUUAUGGCCGAACAAGCCUUGGGAACGUGUACAUAUUGACUACGCAGGACCAUUCUUAAACAACAUGUUCUUAGUCGUUGUGGAUGCCCAUUCCAAAUGGCUGGAUGUUGUAAGAAUGUCGUCAACGAGCGCUGAGAGCACCAUCAACGCGCUUCGAUACAUGUUUUCCUCAUAUGGACUACCGAAAGAGGUAGUAUCAGACAAUGGACCUCAGUUUGUCGCGGCUGAGUUUGAAUCUUUCAUAAAGAAAAACGGUAUUAAGCAUACCAAAUCAGCGCCAUACCACCCAAGUUCAAAUGGUGAAGCCGAACGUGCAGUUAGAACCUUUAAGACUGGUAUGAAAAACUUGGAAGAUGAGGAAGGAACAUUAAACCAGAAGCUGGCAUCAUUCCUAUUGUCAUACAGGACAACUCCUCAUACUUUGACCAAGGUCACACCAGCUGAGUUAUUCAUGGGCAGGAAGCUCAGAACUCGUUUGGACAUUAUAAGACCAAAUUUGAAACAGUCAGUUCAAUUACGAACUCAACAACAUGUCAAGAAAGAUUGCACAAUGGAGGUUGGAGACUUGGUUAUGGUACAUGACUACAGAGGUCAAAAACGGAAACCAUCAUGGGUUCGUGGACUUAUUCUGCAGAAGCUAGGACCAGUUACCUACACCGUACAGUGUAACAAAAUGGGUAGUAGAAAUACAAUUUAG